GCUAUUUAACCCACAGGUAAGUAAACUCUCAGGUGACAUCGCUUCUCUCUUUCGUCACCUGGGCUCGUUUUUGUUAGAAGAUUGCGGCUUCCUCAGGCAAUAACAGGUUGUAGACAUUCAUUGUUUGUGGAGACGAUAGGAGGAACAACAACCGACACCAAUGCUGCUGUGGAUGACAGUCGCCUUGUCGUGGAUGACAGUGGGCUUGGCGUGUAGAUGUCUGCAACCUACGGACGAAGGCUACUGCAAGAAUGAUAUCGUGUUUCGCGGUAUAGCAGUCGCUGAAUAUCAGGAGGAAACAGAGGAGCCCUACCCCAGGGAAAUACGGAUCUACACUGUAAUGUCGAGGAAAUCUUCUGGUCAAACAGCAGUUUGGUUGGAAUUGACAACGUUCAAUGUGACUACUGCACGUAGCAGCGCCACCUGUGGAGCUUACUUUGAAUUAAACACACCUUACGUCAUUGUUGCCAACGAAGAGAAUGGACAGGUCUCCACUAAUUCGUGCGCAGGAAACACGGAGUGGAAGAGUCUCGAUACGACACAGAAAAGGUUUUUCAGAAGACGUCUGCGAAAGCUGUGUGCUUGAACAAACCCUUCGAUCAAGUUAUUUACCAAACACGUGACCAGCUCGUCGACAUCACGUGACCGACUCAUGAAAUCACAUAACGUCACGUGACGGCAUCGUACCUAGGGCAACCAGUGUUUGUACCACAUGGAAUAAACUUGGUUUUUGUUGUCAAAA